AUGCUGCAGAACAGUUACUACACACCCUCAUCCAUUAAACGACCUCCACCCCCACGCGCCACGGCCACCCGCCCAAUCGUUACCCGCAACCCCCUCCGCUACCGCACAAUCCCCAUAGUCUUCGGCAGCAUAACCCUCUUCGGCCUCUCGGCCUACCUCUUCUACCUAGGGAUCACCCUCUCCCGACCAUCACCCACCCCCAUCCACUCCUCCGCUGCCCUGCAACCCGAUGUAUCCGCCCGUUACGACGAUAUAGCGGGGUCCUUUGACGACAAAGUCGAAUGGACGGAGACGUUGAUGGGGAUUAGCAAACGGAGGAUGGAGUUGGUGGGUAUGGCGAGGGGUGAUGUGUUAGAGGUCAGUGUUGGCACGGGGAGGAAUUUGGAGGGGUAUAAAUUUUCGUUUUCGGAUAAAAAGGGGAAUGGGAAAGGAGAAGUUAAGAGUUUCACAGCUAUAGAUAAAAGCGGUGAAAUGCUCGAGAUUGCGCACGAGAAAUUCUCGCGGCUAUUACCUGGCAUUGUGGGCGUGAGAUGGGUGAUUGGUGAUGCUUCUGUGCGGUCAGCGAUUCCUGCGCCGCCGAAGAGUGGCGAUGAGAGGAGUGGGAAUAAGGAGGGGGAGAAAUACGAUACUGUUGUGCAGACGAUGGGGCUCUGUAGUGUGGAUGAUCCGGUGGCGCUGUUGAGGUGUUUGGGGGAUGUGGUUAAGGAGGAGGAGGGCAGGAUUCUCCUGUUGGAGCAUGGGAGGGGACGGUGGGCGUGGUUGAAUGGGGUGCUGGAUAAGUUCGCUGAAGCGCAUGCACAUGAAUUCGGGUGCUGGUGGAAUAGAGAUUUGAAGAAGAUUGUGGAGGAGAGUGGAUUGGCUGUUGUCGAUGCGAAGAGCUGGCACGGUGGGACAACUUGCUGGUUUGAGUUGAAGAAACCGCGGAGUGAGCCUGCCCAGGAGGUAGCGGUUGAAAAGCCGGAGACAAAGACAAAGAAAGGGUGGUGGUGA